CGCGCGCGCACACCGGCCACCACCAAUCCCACCAUAUCGACCUUCGGGCGUGCUGGUUGUUGUGUAGUGACCAAAUGCUACCCACCAAAACAGCUUGCGUUCGAAAGCCCCCAAAGCCAGACUCAUUUUUCUGCUGCAUGCAUGAAAAUGGCUCUUUCCGGUUCCUCUCCCAUCCGAAUCGUAAAAGACAUGCCCCUGACCUUUCAUGAAAUUGCAAGGAUUUUGCCUUUGGCUGCUUUCUCUCAGAGUGCAUGGAGGCGCUAGGAGGACUGCAGAAGGAAGAGACAUGCCCCUGAUCGUUGUUCCUGUGUUGCUUGGUAUCCUUGUGGUUUUUAUCACCAAGCUGUGGGAUCCCAUCGCGGAGUAUGUUGGGUAUCCCUUGGACGUUCGGCGGCGCGUGGAGGAUCUCCAAGAUGCAGUCCAAAGGCUGCGGUCGAUCCAGGCGGACCUCCAUCGUCUGGAUCCACGGCCUUCAUCUGAACAGGGCAAGGGAUGGGUUCAGAGCGUACAAAACUUGUGCCUCAAGGAGGAAAAGAUCAAGACCGGGUACGAUGGAUGCGGACUGAAUUACUUGAGCUAUUGCUACUUCAGCAAGCAAGCAGAUAAGGAGAUGAAGAAAGCUACUGAUCUUAUCGUCACCGGGAAAGAACUGCUGAAGGAGGCACAGGCAAAGCCACACCCCGUCCGUGAUGUCCCGCCGCAGCACCCGCAAGAUCAGUUGUGGGGGAUGGACUCUUACAAGAAGAAGGUGCGCGAUUUUAUUCAGGAUACAAACACCAAGUCCGGAUUGCUAGGGAUUUGGGGCAUGGCUGGUGUGGGCAAGACUUCCCUUGUCAAGCUUUUCCGUGAUUCUUCUGCCGAGUAUGCUCCCUUGGACUUCGACCACGUCCUGUUUGUUCGGGCUGGCAGGGGAUGCACAGUUGGUGAUACUCAAAAAGCUAUUGCCGCUAGUAUGCGAUUGCCAGUUGUGCCUGAUGAAACUUCCCAGGAAGGAAUCAUUUACAACCACUUCAAAGAUAAAAACUUCUUAUUGCUGAUAGAUGAUCUAUGGGGUUACCUUGAACUGAAAGACGUUGGCAUCCCCAUGCCACUUGGAAUAGCGCCAGUCCUCCCUCUCCAGGAAUAUCGGCGUAAAGUUGUGUUCACAACAAGGAGCAAGCAUGUGUGUGGCCAAAUGGGGUGCGCUGAGAAUAGCAUCCGAUUGGAGUGCUUGAACCAAGAUGAUGCGCGGAAGCUCUUCGAGGACAAGGUGGGGAAAGAAAUCAUCAAGGAUACCCAGCUUGGAAUGCUCGCCAGAGAGCUAGCAGAUGAAUGCGGCGGUUUAGCUAUGGCUUUAUGCACCAUCGGACAAGCUAUGUCAACUAAGAAAGAUCCGAAGGAAUGGAGAAGUGCCAUUAAUCUUCUGAAGAAGUCAAAACUCCUUGAAAUCACUAAUACAGAUGAAGAGUUAUUUGAGCGUCUAAAAUUUGAUUAUGAUAAGAUGACCGAAAAUCGGAAGAAGUGUUUCUUAAUGUGCUCAUUAUGGGCUGAAGAUAAGAACAUUCCAAAGGAGAAGCUUAUCGAGUGGUGGGUGGGACUUGGUUUCUUAGAUGCAUCUGACUCUGUGAAUGAGGGAUACUUCAUCAUCAAUGGCUUGGUGGAUGCAUCCAUGUUAGAGAAAGGUGAUAAUGGGCUUGAUUCUACAGAAAAUUCACAUGUCAAGAUGCACAAAAUGAUACGUAAGAUGGCUUUAUGGAUUGUCAAUGAUCGUGGACACCAGAAUAUAUGGCUUCCACAUUCAGUUCACAGAUUAGCCUUCUCGGAAGAAAAAUGGAGCAAAGUGGAGAGAGCGUGGAUCUCCACCGCAGACACGUCAAGGUGGUCUUCCUCAAUUCGUUGCCCGCAUCUCGUAAUGUUAGUGGCCCGACAACCUUUCUCACUUGAAUCCGCUCCUAAUUUUGAAGAUAUAACCUUUUUAGAUUUGGAAGGAAUAAAUUUAGUUAAGUUCCCUUCGGAGAUAUGUGGAUUGGAUAGACUCCAAUAUCUCAACCUUUCUGCAUCAGAAUUUGAUGGAUUGCAUGAGGAUCUAACAAAGCUUUCAAAUCUCAAGUAUCUACACAUUAGAGGUAUUGGAGGGCUUCAAACAAUACCCAAAGACCUAAUAUCACAAUUGAAAAAGCUUCAGCUGUUGGACCUUUUUUGCAGUGGUGCCACUUCCCAUAAGGUCCAAUAUUUGACAUCCCUUCUAGAGGAAUUGGAGAGUAAAACCAUAAAUCUGCUUUAUUUUGGCAUUACCGUGCAUACAAGAGCAGAUAUAGAACAACUAGAGAAGUUGUUCAGUAGCGUGUGUACGCAAGCACUAUGCAUGGACCAAUUCGAAGAUUUUUUUCAUGAACGUGCCUUGGCACGUAUGUCAUUAAGAAGAUGUGAAUUCGAAGAUGAGAGACAUCUGAAAAAGAUUGACUUAAGAUUGCUGUCCUGUCUGGAAAACAUGCGAGAGUUGGCCAUCACAAAGAGCUCAGUUCAGGUGUUGGUAGCUGAAGGGCACAACGAAUAUGGGCUCCUUCCCAACCUGGGUUUUCUCGAACUGAGAAAUUUAUCUAAGCUACAGGCAGUGACAUGGAAGAACGCGGGGUUGGACAUUCGGGUAGUUGUUAUCAACAGGUGUACCAAGCUAAGACAUGCAACCUGGGUUCGACACCUCCAGAGACUAGAGGAGCUCACCAUUUCAGAGUGCCCUGAAUUAAAACAAGUUAUUAACAAUGCAGAGGAGGCACAUCAAGCAGGGGUGAGUUUUUGUAAAUUGAGAAAACUUAAGCUGGAACUACUGCCGGAGCUAUUCAAUAUAUCUGAGCAAGACUUUCCUUUUAAAGAGUUAUCCUAUGUUCGCGUGGCUGAUUGUGAAAAGUUGAAGUUUAUCAAAAUUCAGCAGCGCAUCAACCAGAAAAAGAUCAGAAUAGAUUGCAAUAUUGGUUGGUGGACUAGUUCAGUGGAGAAUCAAGGGAUUGCGAGUUCCCUCUUUGAUCCAAGGUUUUGCCUCUAGAAGGUAAGGAAUAAUUUUUCAAGUGCUGUCUACGUACGCCUCGCUUGUGCUUUGAGGGAAAUUAAAGUAUAUUUACCAUAUGUCCUGUAAAUAAAUGAUCAUGUCAGAAUUUGUUUUUGGAGGAAGUAUGUAAUCCUUCCAUUUUGCAGUA